AUGUUCUGUCCUUUCGGUCUUGGUCCAUUUGGAUGUCCUCCUGGUUACUAUUCCAAUGGUUCGUCUACUUCAUGCCACGUGUGUCCGAGGGGCACGUUUUGUGAAGCAGGCUCUGAUCUGCCUAAACUAUGUCCCGCCGGUGAGUUCUGUGACAAUAUUCCCCAGUCAUGUCCGCAAGGCUUCUAUUCUUCGGCAGGCAGUGUGGAUUGUACGCCAUGCCCAGCUGGAUACUAUUGUCAUUUCUGUGUUGCAGGAAGUGGAUCUGCAGCUCCUUGCCCGUUAGGGACUUUCUCACCUGCUGCUGGGAACUCGCAACAAGGUCAGUGUACGCUCUGUACAGCCGGGAUGGCAUGUCCGCGAGGAGCGCUGACUGCUCCGCUGGAGAAUUGUGAGCUCGGUCACUAUUGUCCUUCUGGUACCAUCUACCCCACGCACGCACCAAUACAGAAAUGUUCUCGAGGACACUUCUGUCCAGCUGGGACCAGCUUCCCAACUCAAUAUCCUUGUCCGCCAGGAACAUUCACGGAAAGUAAUGAGUUGGCCAGCGCUGCGGAGUGCACGGCUUGUCCUCCUGGGUUUUACUGCCUAGGUGGGGAGGCAAAGGUGAGUGGGCAAUGCCCUACAGGAUACUACUGCCCGACCAACACCGAGAGCAGCUUUCAAUUUCCAUGUCCUGCUGGCACUUACAACAGUCAGGUCGGCAUCACAUCAGUGGAAGGCUGUUUGGAGUGUCCUCCAGGAAAUUUCUGCCUCCAGGGAUCUUCGUUUGCGAUUCCUUGCUUCGCAGGAACAUAUUCA